AUGGUAUUAGCACACGAAAUCGGCCACACCUUAGGAAUUGGUCAUAGUGACGUUCCAACUGCAAUAAUGUAUCCGUGGUAUCAGAAAAACAUUACAAUGCUCGAUGAAGAUGACAAAAUGGCGCUCGAAUCUCUUUAUGGUCCUACACAAAAAUUUGUACAUAAUCCAUACAACGACAAAUCAACGACGACGACGAUGUCGACGACGACUAUGCAACCAACACUUCAUUCAACGGUGACCAAUAUAUGUGAUAUUAAAUCUGUAGAUUUUAUGUUUCUUGCAUCGACUCCAUCAUUCCCAAAUUUCCGUCUUUACAUUGGUUUCAACAGAUUUCUAUGGAAAUUUGAUUUAUUUGACAUUCAUAUACCUUUACAUUCUGAAUACGUCAAAGAUUAUCUUCCACAGAAGACUCAAUUCGAACCAAUAUCACACAUUUUUCAAAAUUCUGCAGGCAAUUUGUUUGCAUUUAAUAAACUUACCGGCGAUUGUUAUACGACAUCUUUUCCAGAUUUGACUAUAUUGGAAAUAAACAAAGUGCCCAUACCAACUAAUUCGAAAGUUGAUGUUAUUUUUCAAACAAAUAGUGGUCAAAUUUUUGUGUUUUAUGAUCAAGCAUAUUACAUCGAAUUCAAUGAUGGAUUUAAGAAAAUUUUGAAUAGAGGUCGAGUUAGCGAUCGUUUUUUGGGGCUUCCGAAAAAUCCUACUGCUGCAUUCCGUUAUAUCGAUGGAUACAUUUACUUUUUCACUCAAGACACAACCACCACCACCACCUACUACAAAUUCAGCGAAUAUUCGAGAAGUGUUAUAUCAUCUGGACCAUUUGAUUGGAAUCUUUUUGGCAUACCAUGGCCCAAUAGCAGUCUGAAAGAGCAGCUAAAAGCACUUCUUACUCGUGUACUAUCUAUUUAUGAAUAA